CCUUUGGUGACUCUGUGCCCCGGAGACAGGGCGGACACCACACGUGCUAAACUCACAGGUCCAGAGGCGGCAGCCAUUGCUCACAGGGAGUGGUUUUCGAGGGUAGCCAAGGCUGGACUGACCGGGUGCAACUCCUUUCUUGUCAGAAGUGCAUGCCCUGUAGGUUCUGGAGGAAGUGCCCUGUGCACUGGACCUCUUCUGGUUCACUACAACCCUGUUCGGUACCAAGGCUAACCUCCCACCAUCACCAGGGUGGCUAUGCCUAUGCAGACCCGAGGCCAGCCGUGACAGUGCUCAUGUUCAGUACCAGAGAGCUAUGAAUUGUCCGCCAAGGAACUGGAAAUCCAGGGUUUGCGGUGUCCUGGCUCUGAUUCAGGUUACAGCACAGAUGAACAGAGAGGCUGCGGCAAAGUUCAAAAGGUGUCAGAAGUUGGUUGAGACUCUGUGCCGAUAAGAGUAUGAAGCAGACCUGUGCCAACAGGAUAACCGGGAAACGCAGCCCUCGGCGUCCUGGUUGCCGCAGCAACACUCAUGGGCUUGUUUGGUGUGUGGUCUCCACAAUCAAGGUGGGGCAGUUGGGCGCCCAGGAGCAAGUAAAUUCAACAGGGCAGAACCAGCACAGUGAGUGGCCCCAGGUACUGCACACGGGUGUGGGGAGGCACAAGGAGGAGACGUGCUGAGGAGUCCAGGCACUGCUUCUCUGAGGGGCUGUGCUCUCUCACCCGGGAUGAGCUCCACCUCCAGCAACCCUGAAGACGGGGAUGCCACUGAGCAGUCUCAGCUGGGGCUGGCCACCGUGAUCCAGAAGCUGGAAGACACCAUCCUGAGCCCCAUGGCCAGCAGGGAGGACCGGGCACUGACUGUCCGUGGAGAAAGCCAGCGGGCCUUACCCACCCCUGUGCCAGCCCGAAUCCGAGAGAUCGUGUCAAGCAGCCUGGUGGAAGAGCCACUCUCAGGGCUGCGGGAGCUGCCAGCUACUCCAACCCAUACACAGGAGGAGAGUGAACUCCUGCAAGAGGAGCUGGCCCUGUUGGAGGACCUGUUGGCUCAGGCAGAUGCUGAGCGGGAGGAACUGGUUAGCAGGUGUCACAUGGUCAGCCAGAGGCUGCAGGCCCGCCUGGAUACCACUGAAGCCCGGCUUCGGAAGUCAGAGCUGGAGCAUAGCAUGGACUUGGAGGAGGCCCUUAGCCGGCUGGAGGCCUCACAGCAGAGGAGCAUGGGCCUCUCCCAAGUAAACACCCUCCUGCGGGGACAGCUGGGGCACAUGCAGAAGGCCAAUGACACACUGGCAAGGGAGCUGGCCAGAACAACACACAGCUUGCUCCGCCUGCAAGGCAAGCUGGAGCGGCGGGAGUCCCAAAGGUUGGGCCUGAGACAGCCUCAAGACAUCCUCUCCCUGUGGAGACAAGCCAAAGCUCUGCAGACACACCUGGCUGAGCUCCGGGCAUCCACUGAGAGGGGUCUCGCUGACGUUCAGGCGGACAUGGCCCAGACGGCCCAACGCUUGAACGUGGCCUGCCUGAGUCUCGACUCCCACCUGCAGCUGACAGCCAGCAGCAUGACCCGUGACCUGGAGCAGCGGUUGAGGGAGCAGUCCAGGGAAAUGCUGCAAAUGCAGGGCCACUGGGCGGCUGAGAAGGUGGCGCUACAAGCCAGACUUUCAGAGCAGACACUGUUGGUAGAGAAGCUCUCUAAGCAGAAGGAAGAAGGAGAGAGAUCCAUCUUGACACUCAAGGCGGACAUCCAGAGACUGAAAUCCCAGCGCAGUGGGGGCCAAGUGGUGGUAGAUGAACUGACGGAUGAGGUUGAAGCCCUGCACCGUGUCCUGGCCAGCAUCAAGGAGGUGGCCCAGUCAGAUGCAUUGUGUCCAGAGCUGACCUGGAGCAGCAGCAGUGAAGUCAGGGAGGUGCAGGGAAGACUGAGAAGCCCCCCUCGUCCUGUGCCACCUCACCGGCAUAUGUCCCCAACACUGAGCGGUUCUCCAGGCCGCCUGGAUUCUGCACUUCAGGCUGUGCAAGCCACCAUUGAGAGGCGGCAGCAGAGGGAGCAGGAGCUGCGUCUGAGGCUGGAGUCCUCCCAGGAGGAGGCAGCCAGGCUGCGGGAGCAGCUGUCUGGGUACCGGCAGGAGCUGCGGGCCUCCCAGAGACUUCUGCAGGAUAGGGCACAGGAGCACGAGGAUCUCCUGGGCCAGCUAGAGGCGCAAAGGCAGGAGGCACAGCACUGCCAGUCAUCUAUCCAUCUCCUGGAAAGGGAGAAAGCCGCCCUGGAGACGACAAUGAAGGAGCUAAGAGCAAAGGCAGACAUUCGGGAGGCAGAGACACAGAAGCUGGAGGUCACAAAUGCAGAGCUGCGGAGAAGCCUCUUGCUGCGGGCAGAGCAGAAAGCCGAGCUGACCCAGCGGAGUGAACAGAGCCUGCGCCAGCUGGAGGCCAGUCAGGGUCGCCUGGAACAGCUGGAAGAGAAGGUCUCUGGGCUCAGGAAGGAGCUGGCCACAGCCUGGGAGGCACUAAGCUCAAUGCAGCUGCAGAGGGACAUCGUGGAGUCUGAAAGGGAGAGCCUGCGUGAUGCCCUGGCCCGGGCUGAAUCUAGCAAUGCUGAUUUGGAACUCAUGGUGGCACGGCUGAAGUCAGAAGGCAUAGAACAUCAGGACUCACUGGCCAAGAUGACUACUUUGGUGGAAGGGCUUUCCCAGGACAAAGACACCCUAAACCAUCUGGUACUUCAGCUGGAGCAGGAGCGGGACCAGCUUCGGGAGCAGCAGAAGAUUCUGGAACAGGAGCAAGCUGAUGUCAGAGAGCAGAUGGCACAGACAGAGCAGCAGCUAGGCCUCCUUAGGGCUGAGCGGAGAAGUCUGCAGGAGACUUGCGGGCACCUGGAGCAAAAGCAGGGACAUCUAGAGGGGCAGGUGGCCCUGCUCGGGCAGGAGAGUGCCCAGCUUCGGGAGCAGGUGGACCAGGUCACCUGCAAGAAACAGGCCCUGGAGAAGCAGCUGGCACAGAGCCUGCAGGAUCAGGAGGCUCAGAUGGACGUUCUGCAAGAAGCUCUCCACAAGAAGAACACUCUUUCGGAGGAGCAGGCCCAACUACUGGCUAAGCAGGAAGCCCUGGAAAGACAUAGUGAGCUUGUGACUAAGGAGGCAGCCGAUCUGAGGGUCGAGAGGGACUCUCUGGAGAACAGUCUCUUUGAGGCUCAGCAGCUGGUAACACAGCUGCAGGCCCAGCAGGAGCAGCUAGAAGGAGAGGCCCAGGCUGCUCGGCUGGCUCGCAGGGCUUUGCAAGUGGAAAUGGAGCGGCUGAGAGGUGACUGGGAAGUUCGAGAGACAAAGCUGCAGCAGGAUCUGGGACAGCUGCAGCAGCAGGCUGCACAGCAGGAGCAGGAGGCACGGCUGGCCUUGGAGCGCCAGGGACUGGCCCACAGAGAGGACCUGGCACGGCUGCAGAGGGAGAAGGAUACCCUCAGUUUAUCCCUGGCAGAGGAGAAAGAGGUGGCUGCCCAGUGGAUGGAACGGCAAAAGGAACUGGUGACAAGAAGUACAGCUGAGAGGGAGGCUCUGGAGGGAGAAAUUCAGAGCCUGAAGCAGGAGCGGGAUGAGAGCCUCCUCCAGCUGGAGCAUGAGAUGCAGCAGGCGAUGUCUCUGAAGGAAGCAGAGAAGAGCCUGCUGAGCAAGGAGCUCUCUGGGGCUAACAGAGAGCUGGAACGGACCCGCCAGGAGGCCCAGCACCAGCAAGCGCAAGCUGAGGCCACCAUCACCUCCAUGACGGAAGAGCUCAGGACUCUCCAGGUCCAGUUUGAGGAGGCUAUCUCCACCCACCAGAGAGAAGCCGAAACUCUGAGAGAAAAGCUCCGGGAGACAGCAGCCGAGCGGAGCAGUGUGAGGAGAGAGUCUGAGGGGCUACAGGCCCAGCUGAACAUGGCCCAUGAGCGACUGUCUGAACUGCGCCAAGAGCUUCAGGACAAUGAAGCGAGUUGUGAGGGGCUCCGCAGGGAGGCCUUGGAGGCCCGCAGGGCACUGGACGAUGAGGCUCAAGAGAAGGACGUGCUGCAGCACUCCAACACCAAGCUGCGGGCCACCAUCCACAGGGCUGAGCAAGAGAAGGCCAGUUUAAAGCGGUCCAAGGAGGAGCAGGAGCAAAAGCUGCUGGUGCUUCAGGAGGCCCAAGCAGCAGCUCAGAAGGACACCUGCGAGCUAAGGACCAGGCUGCAAGAGUUGGAACAGGCACAGGCGGAUACCCGCCGGAAACUCCAGGAGCGCCACAGACAGACAAGGACACUGGAAGCUGAGAACCUGAGGAAGAGGAAGGAGGUGAACGAGCUGCGGGCCCAAGUCUCUCAGGAUGCACAGCAGCGACGGAAGAACCUGCAGGAGGCACUGGAGCUGCAGAGGCAGGUAGCUGAGGCCCAGGCUGCCCGUGACGGUGCCCAGAAUGAGGUUCUAGGGCUACAGCAGAAGUUGGCCGAAGUCGAGGCAGCAGGGGAGGCCCGAGCAAAGCAGCUGGAGGGACAUCUCUGUGAGAGCCAGAGGGCUGAGCAGACCCUGCGGGCUGAGCUGCGCAAACUCACCAGGAGGCUACGACAGGCCAGCAGCCAGGCGGACAGCCUCCAGGGCAGCCUGGACAAUGCCUGUAGCCGGGUCCACAUCCUGGAGCAGGAGCUGGCCCAGGCUGAGGGUGCCAGGCACAAUGCAGAGGCCCAGCUGGGCCGACUGUGCUCCACACUCCGCAGUGGCCUAGGGCUCUGGAGCCAAAGCCGCGUGGCCUCUCCAGAGAGGUCCCAUUCUCCCACAACAGGCAGGAUAUCUAUGUGUCUGUUGCUACCCACAUUCCCCGGGCUCUCGCCUCCUGCAGGCAGCUCCCAGACUCGCCCUGGACGGCAAAGGGACAGUCCCCCUACUAGAUCCUACUCUCCAUCCCGAUGGCCCUCACCUGUACCUGGAGACCCCGACUCACAGAUAAUAGAUGUGGCCUCUGUCAGGGAUGCCCUGAGGGACUUGGUGCAAAAGCUUCAAGAAGCCCAGCAGGAGCGGGACAACUCUUGCAUCCAGGUGGCCAGUUUGAGCAGCCGCUUGAGAGAGGCAGAGAGCGAGCUCAUCCACCUACAGAGCCGUGUGGAGCAGCUACAGAGGGACCUAGCAGAUGCAGCGGAAGGCCAACGCAGGGCAGAGAGUGCACUGCAUGGCGCCCAGGCAACUCAGGUCCUGCAGAAGGAGGCACUCCAGAGGCUGGAAGCAGAGCAUCUGGCAAGGACACGAGCUGCAAGCCAGGAGAGGCGGAGGAUGCAGGAGCAAGUAGACACCCUGCGCCAGGCCCUGGAAGAGAGCAGCAGGCACAGUCAGAGCCUUACAGAGAUGGGGAGGCAGCUGGAGCCCUUGAAGCAGCUUCUCUCCACCCAGGUGCUCCUGCAGAGUCGCAGGGAACGGGAAGCUGCAACGACCCAGCGGGCAGAGAGGCGAGCCCUACGGGAGCAAACCACUUCCCUGCGCACCGAACGGGCCCGCCUACAGGGGGAGCUCGCGGCGCUGCGCACGCGCCUCAUACAGGCAGAGCAGGAGACCCUGAGGAAGGAGGAGGACACAGCAAUGCUGGGAGCUAAGAAGGAGCUACUGCUCCAGUCUCUGAGCAGCCUACAGCAGGAAGUAGACGGGGCCCUGCGGCAGAGCCAGCAGCUGCAGGUGGCUAGCCUGAAGAAGCAACUGCAUGAGGCAGGAUGGCGGCAACAGCAGCAGUCCCACAGUGACUAGACAUUCUGGGCUAAGCAAUGGCCUCCACUGCAGUUCCUUCGCUACCUGCCUGUGGCCUGCAGCAACCAGCCGGAACAGCAGGCUCUGGGGGUGACGUUAGAGCCCUGUGCUACUGGGGAAACUGGUGCUAUGCCCACUUGGGGCGGGGGGCAAGCUCAACAAGCAUUGGUGUGUCGUGAGAAGAUGCACAUAUAGGCAGCUACCAACCAAAGCAUGCUAUUCCUUCAGCUCCUCCUCAGACUGCAGAAGUCCUGCCUGUGGGGAACACAUAGGUUGGGCUGGACCACGUUGUUGGUCACUGCUCUUUAAUAUUCCUUCCUGCUGCAAGGAGCAGGCGCAUUGACCACCUCUCAGCCCAUACCAGCCCGGGGAUCCAUUCCCACAUUGGCCCUGCUACUGGGCCAAGCACUGGUAACUGGGCCCUGUCAGACCAGCUCCCUCACCACGGGCUGCAUUCCAUGCCCUCAGAUCUGUAAACACAGGGAAACACAUGGAAAACAUUUCCACCGGCAAGAGCCAAAAACACAGUGUCCUGCGAGGCCAGCGGCCACACCCCAUAUCCAGAGACCACAGACUCUUCCACAUCCAGGAACUGCAGUCCCGGUGCCGUGGCAGGUGGCUGGAAAUGGCUCAGCUACAAGUCCGUGACUCGCUGGCCGUGGGAGAUAAGAAGCUGUUCCAGCAUCUCCCAUUUCCACACAAAAAGUGCUGGCAAGUACCAGUAGGGAAUCCUGCUCUGGUGCAAAGGAGACACCGAGGCCAUCCCAUCGUUUUACCGGAACCUGCUCCUGCCUCAGCUGAUGGCAUCUGUAAACCUCUCUCCUAUUCGGUAGUGGUCAGAAUGGCUUCUCUUCCCCAGGCUCUUUGGCAUUGUAAAUGGUAUUUCCAGUACCCCUAGAUGAUCGGUGAGCCUGGUAAAUGCUUGCCUACACCACAGGGUGCAGGUUGCCCCACGGCUUGUGCUUCUGCCCGAACCUCCCAAAGCAUCUUUGAGGAUGCUGGCAUGGGGCAGGAAAGGCCAGAGGCUCCUGGAGCCCAUCCAGUCGCAGUCAUGUAGCUGUGGCCGAGGUGUGUGACAGCCUGUCAUUGACUCCAAGACCGCCAGACUUAAAACCAGCCAUCCUGUCAGACCUUUGGCUGAACUUAGGAACCAGACCCUGCGCAGCCGAGGUGGGAAGACAGGCUGGUUCACUGAAGACGGUGUGAAGAAAGAUCCUGAGGCUCUGAAAGGAAGAGCACAGGGACCCCUUGGCAAUGGCUUCCCUGGACAAAGGUGGCCUGCUCUAUGCCCACCUACAGUUUCCAGGCACCAGCCAACACUGAGCCUGGCAUAGGAGAGUGGAUGGCCUGACCCAUCCAGAACUGAGGAAGUGGGGCUUUCUACUUGGGCCUCACCUUCCUCCUUCCCUUGGCUGCAGUUCCCUUGGAAUAGUAUUGACCUCCCUGCUCAAGGUCCCAAGAGUGGCCCAGAAGCUGGCGACUGGCACAGGAGGCCAGGGAGCUCCUCCAUUGCUCAUUCAAGGAGCCCACAUGCAGUGUUCAUGCCUCUUCCUGUCCUCGCAGGGCUCACUGGUGUCCUGGGGACAUCGGUGGAACUGAAGCUGCCAGCUGAGGAGGUAUCCCGUAGAUGUACCUGGAAGCUGAGGACACGCUUUAGCGGUGAGGGGCCUGGGUACUUCUCAGCACCAAAGUGAAAGACGCUGUGGUCCAGCCAAGGUGCUCCCUGGUGAUCUGGGGCCUUUACACGGGCUGCUCGGAAGAACAUUGAGUACAAUGAGGGCUUCUGAGAAUGCUGCACUUUGAGUAUUUGAAUCGCUGCGGGGAAUAUUGCUGUUACUUAUUCAACAUAAAAGAAUGUAUUUGGGGAAAAGGGAUUUUUCUAAAGAAUAUAUUGCAUUUCUCUAAACAUUUUCGAAGGCGUGUGCACAUUCGUAUGUGUCAGAGUCUGGUGACUCCUGCCCUGGGCAGAGGGCUGGUGCUUGUGAAAGGCCUUCCCAGCCACGCUCUGAGACCAGUGUGUGGGGGUGAGGAAGCUGCAUCUGGGCCAGGAUCAGAUAGGUCAGGAUCAGAUCUGUUGGUCAAACCCAGGACCCCACAGCUCACUCAUUUGGGCCUUGCCCAGUGGAGCUGAAGGCACAGGAACGCAGACUAAAGAGGACAGAAUGGGAUCCCUC